AGGGAUGUUCCCGGGCCCUGUUUAAAUAAUAACAGCCGGGGCGGGGGGUUUCUAUCUGUUAAUUUAUUUUAUUUAUUUCCAACCGCUUUUCUUUUGUUUUUGUUUUUUUGUGUGCCGGUAAUUACCGUGCCCUUACGGGCUGGGAGCCGAAGACCGAGGCCCCUUGCUGGAGAAACCGGGGGGCUGCGGUGGAGAGGAGGCCGGGCUCUGCCAGGAGUCGAGGGGAUUAGAACGUGGAAUAUGAGACAGAUCUCAACAUGACGUCCAGAUUUGGCAAAACCUACAGCCGCAAAGGAGGGAACGGCAGCUCCAAGUUCGACGAGGUCUUUUCCAAUAAGAGAACCACUCUCAGCACGAAAUGGGGCGAGACCACGUUCAUGGCCAAGCUCGGGCAGAAGAGGCCCAACCACAAGCCCGACGUCGCCGAGCUCCCCAAGAAGCCCAAAGUGGACGACGACAUCCACGAGGACCCCUUCGGCUUCGACAGCGACGAGGACUCCUUGCCCAUAUCCUCGAAGAACGUCCCGCAGGCCAAGAGCGCCGCGCCCCAGCCCCCCGAGACCGACCGCUCGCUGCUCGAAGCCAACAAUAAAAUCGCCACGUCGGAGAACCCGCCGGCAUGCCGAUUAACCGCGCCCGACGGCGCCGCGCAUGGACUGAAGGAGAAGAACACAAACAAAAUUGUUGAGGAGGGCAAGGCUCGCCACGGGUCGCCGAAGAAGAACUUCGCAGGUCACCUAAAGAAUUUUACCGAAGAGAGAAACAGUUUCUCCGUCCCAAAGAACGCCGACAGCGACGUCAACAAAUCCGAAGAGACGCUAUUUGGUUUGCCCGCGAAGAACGACCACGGCGGCAGGAAACCGGCGGAGACGCUGAUCUCCAGCUUCGCCCCGGACUCCGACUGGGAUCUGCUGGUCGGCAGGGGGUCGGACUCCCCGUCGCCGAGAGACCCCAAAAAAGAGACUCUGAAAACGGUGCUCUACGACUGGGAGGAGGUGACCGCCGAAGGCUCGGAGACGUCGCCUCUUCAUUCGGAGGAGAACAGCCUCUCCGAGUUCAAGAACGAAGAAGAAAAGGCCGACGGGCCGGAGGAGCAGCUGUCGGAAGAAGCCGCCCAGGGCGCCGUUAAGCUCGGGAACUGCAGGACGUACUGCAGGUCUAACAAAUCCAAGCAGCCCCCGGGGUCGGCAAACUUUGAUAAAAUCCUAGAUGGCUCCAAGUCCAACAGCGCGGCGGAAAAGCCAAACCCGGCCACCAAAGCGUCGAGCGCUGGAAGCAGAGCCCCGGGGAGGACUAGAGACUACACGGUCCUUCACCCGUCCUGCUUAUCCGUGUGCAACGUUACCAUCCAGGACAGCAUGGACCGCAGCAUCGACGAGUUCGCUCCCACCACGCCCGCCACGGACCUGGGCGAAGCGGGGCGCCUCCGCAAGAAAGCCGACGUGGCGACGACCAAGGCGGCGGCGACCAGGUUUCGCCCCGGCAACGUCAAGUCCAAGAAGGACGCCAAGCUGGAGUUCUUCGGCUUCGACGACCAGGACGACGGCGGCGGCGAGGAGGGCGGCUCGCGGUCCGCCGGCCAGUCCAACUACCGCAUCAAGUACUUCGGCUUCGACGACCUGAGCGAGAGCGACGACGACGACGACGAGGCCGACUGGCCCGCCCGGGAAAAAAAAACGAAAAAGAAAUCCAAGAUGGCCGCCGUGCCGUCUCCUCCGUCGCCGCAGAGCUCGGGGGCCGCCGAAAGCCUACCAGACAGCCAGUCCGCGAAUAAUUCAGAUCUGAUGGAAGAUCCGUACGCUGCUCCCGAAGUCUUCAAAAAGCCCGCCAGCAAGCAAGGGGAGAAGACGAAAGAUGGCGCCCGCAAGAUUUUCAGCGGCCCCAAAAGGAACGCGGGCGAGUCUCAAACGUCGGCAAAGGAGCGUUUUACCUAUAAAAGACACUUUUCUUUGUGUAAGACCAAGUCUCCCACGAAAGCAGUGUAUAACGCGAGGCACUGGAACCAGCCCGAGUCGGAGGAGCUCCCCGCCGGCCCCCCGCAGAAAGCACAGACGGCACCGGCGAAGCCCGCGGAGACGCCCAGCUCCAAGGACGACGGGCUGUUCAAGGCGCCGGCCCCACCGCCCCGAGUCAUAAAGACCGUCACCAUCCCUACGCAGCCCUAUCAGGACAUAGUGACUACACUGAAAUGCCGGAAGGAACACAAGGAACUUUACACCGUGGUGCAGCACGUGAAGCACUUCAACGACGUGGUGGAGUUCGGGGAGAAUCAGGAGUUCACCGAUGACAUCGAGUACCUGCUGAGCGGACUCAAGAGCAGCCAGCCCAUAAACACACGUUGCCUUAGUGUCAUAAGCUUGGCCACGAAGUGCGCCAUGCCCAGUUUCCGGAUGCACCUGAGAGCGCACGGCAUGGUAGCCAUGGUCUUCAAAACACUGGAUGACAGCCAGCAUCACCAGAACCUUGCUCUGUGCACCGCGGCGUUGAUGUACAUCCUGAGCCGGGAUCGCCUGAACAUGGACCUGGACAGGGCCAGCCUGGACCUCAUGAUCCGGCUCCUGGAGAUGGAGCAGGAUCCCAACGCCAGGCUGAUGAACGAGAAGGAAAUGAACAAGAUAAAAGAGAAGAUCCGGAAGCUCUGCGAGACCGUUCACAACAAGCACUUGGAUCUGGAGAACAUAACGGCCGGCCAUUUAGCGAUGGAAACAUUGCUAUCCCUCACUUCAAAGCGAGCAGGCGAUUGGUUCAAGGAGGAGCUCAGGCUUUUGGGGGGCCUUGACCACAUCGUGGACAAAGUGAAAGAGUGCGUCAAUCACCUGGACAGCGAUGAGAACGAGGAAAAACUAGUGGCUUCUCUGUGGGGAGCGGAGCGGUGUCUACGGGUCCUGGAGAGCGUUACGGUGCAUAACCCGGAGAAUCAGAGUUACUUAAUCGCUUACAAGGAUUCUCAGCUUAUAGUGUCUUCAGCAAAAGCCCUGCGGCACUGCGAAGAGUUAAUCCAGCAAUACAACAGAGCCGAGGACAGCAUCUGCAUUCCAGACGCCAAGUCGUCCUCCCACCGGCACGUGUCCUGCCACGUGGGCAAAGCGGUGGAGGACUGCAUGCGCGCCAUCAUCGGGGUGCUGCUCAAUCUAACCAAUGACAACGAGUGGGGCAGCACCAAAACUGGCGAGCAAGACAAUCUUAUAAGCACUGCACUGAACUGCGUCCUCCAGGUUCCAAAGUACCUACCUCAGGAGCAGAGAUUCGAUAUUAGAGUUCUGGGCUUGGGCUUGCUGAUCAAUCUGGUGGAGUACAGCGCGCGCAACAGGCACUGCCUCGUGAACAUGGAGACGACAACUCCCUACGACUCCUUCUGCGGAGAAAACGAGGAGCGCAAAGCUGAAGCCAGGCAGCUCGAUGCCGUGGAGGCGCUGGUGCAGCUGUUCUUGGAGCGGGAACGGGCGGCCCAGGUAGCGGAAAGUCAGACGGACGAGCUCAUCAAGGAGGUGCCCACCGCGCAGCACGACAAGAGCGGCGAAUGGCAGGAGUCGGGAGGAGAGAUCCAGUGGGUCACCGCCGAGAAGGGCCCGAACACCGAGGAGCCGGAAAAGAAGGAAGAAGAAGACGAGGAGCUCGAUCUGAAUAAAGCUCUUCAGCAUGCUGGAAAGCACAUGGAAGAUUGCAUUGUCGCCUCCUACACAGCUUUACUUCUGGGAUGUCUCUGCCAAGAGAGUCCGAUCAAUGUGACUACUGUACGAAACACGCUGCCCGACGGAGAUUUCACCAUAAUGACCGAGAUGCUGAAGAAGUUCCUCAGCUUCAUGAACCUUACGUGUGCAGUCGGAACGACAGGCCAGAAGUCCAUCUCUCGAGUCAUCGACUAUUUAGAGCACUGCUAGUUUUCACGUUUCAUCCGCAGGCCCACGUUAAUGCUGGAUUUAUUGCCCCCGACCCACCGCCCCCCC